CCAAACUAACUCUUUCUAGCGGCAAUCUCAUGAAACCUUCCCUCAAUCUCCUUCUCUUCACCUCGCAACUCACAAGGUCUCUCGGCUUCAGAGGCACCGUACUGCCUUCCAUCAAUUUUGCCAAGAUCCUCCGCGCUGUAGCACUUGCUUUUGGUCGUCUCGCAGCUGUGGAAGCUCGUCUGGAAGGCAAAUAUGACUUGGUGUCGGAUGCGUCGGGAGAGACAGCGAAGAAGCCGCGUGAGUGCUCUACGACGGAGGCGCACGUGAAUGGGACCUCACAACAUACUUGCGAUUGACCAAACAUGUGGAUUCGAUAUACAAGACCCCAAUCCCCAUCCUCGGAAUCCACCCCCUCAGAAAUCCUCUCAAGGCCAAACACCACCACCAUCGUCCACGCACUCACGCUCACGCUCCGAC